AUGCCCAUGAAGCAGCAGAGUAAAGCCUCAGCCAAGAAACUGACAAAAAAGGAGGUAGAUGCUGCACUGCUAUGCGUUGCCAAAGCCAAACCAGGGCCGACCUUUUUUAGAGGACUUGGUGAUCAAGGGUUGAUAUCUUAUGCAGAGUACCUAUUUUUGCUGACAAUCCUUACAAAACCCCAGACUGGAUUUCAGAUUGCCUUUAAAAUGUUGGAUACAGAUGGCAAUGAACAAGUUGAAAAGAAAGAGUUCUUUAAGAUACAGAGAAUCAUUGGGAAGGAAGAUGAUUUGAAAACAGAUGGAGAUGAAACAGUAUUUCAGGGAGCAGAACUGGAAAGCUCUGGUGUUAAUACAAUGUUGCUGGUACAUUUCUUCGGAAAAGAAGGAAAGGACAAACUUCGCUAUUCUGAGUUUUUCAGAUUCAUGGAAAAUCUGCAAACAGAAGUCCAAGAAAUGGAAUUCAUAAAGUUUUCAAAGGGUUUGAGCGUCAUGAGAAAAGAAGACUUUGCAGAAUGGUUAUUGUACUUCACUGAGGAGGAAAACAAUGAAAUUUACUGGCAGAAUGUGAAAGACAGAAUUGAGGCAGGAGAGAAUAUCAGUUUAGAAGAAUUCAAGACUUUUUGCAAGUUUACAAAUAACCUGGAAGACUUUUCUAUUGCCAUGCAGAUGUUUACUGUAGCAAAUCGUCCUGUUAAACGGGCCGAGUUCAAGAGAGCAGUGAAGGUGGCAACAGGACAGGAGCUCUCAGACAAUGUUUUGGAUACCAUCUUCAAGAUUUUUGAUCUAGAUGGAGAUGACUGCCUCAGCCACAGCGAGUUUCUUGGAGUCCUGAGAAACCGAAUUCAUCGAGGCUUGAGGGUACCGCAACAGCAAGGCAUUCAAGGUUACUGGAAGUGUGUGAAAAGAGAAAGCAUUAAAGGAGCCAAAGAACUGUGGAAGCAAACUGGGAAGAGUCCUUUUUAA